GAUUAUGAAUUUGGUUUGUUUAGACACAAACCUUCUUCCAUCUUCAACAACAAGAACAAUAACUGUAAUUCACCACUCAACCCAACCACGAAGGAAUGGCUUUGAGAAUCGCAGCAACAGCUUCUUCUGCGUCCUGUAUUGCAAGACUCCAUAACCCAUCAUCACUCUUUUCACAGUUUUCAUUCCACAAUCUCCCUCCUCGUCUUCCACACGCCAAUGCUUUUCCACCACUUCCAAUUCUCAAACCUGGGUCUCAAUUCUGCAUUCGAGCUAUUAGUAGUGAAACAGUUGUAGAACCUACAAUUUCUAAGAAAGAAGACCAAGAACAGUCUCCUAAAGAUUGGAAGAUUAAAAUGCUAUAUGAUGGAGACUGUCCACUAUGCAUGCGAGAGGUGAAUAUGCUACGAGAGAGGAAUAAGACUUACGGAACGAUCAAGUUUGUUGAUAUAGGCUCAGAUGAUUACUCUCCUCAGGAGCAUCACGGCCUUGACUAUCAAACUGCUAUGGGAAGAAUUCAUGCUAUUCUAUCAGAUGGAACUAUAGUCACCGAUGUUGAAGCUUUUAGGAGAUUAUAUGAACAAGUUGGCCUUGGUUGGGUUUAUGCCAUUACAAAAUAUGAACCAAUUGCAAAAAUAGCGGAUUUCGUAUAUGGUGUAUGGGCUAAAUACCGUCUUCAAGUUACAGGACGGCCACCUAUAGAAGAAAUAUUAGAGGCUCGAAAGAAGAAGGGUGAAGUGUGCAAAGACAGCAAAGCUUGCAAAAUGUAAAUUUCCACAAUAUCUGACCCUGGUGGAAACUUUCAGAAGGCUUGUUAAUGAUUUAUUACCAAAUUUGAUUCUCAUCCUCUGAAGCAGAUCUUUAUAUAAUUAUAUUUACAAUACGCAGCCAACAUAGAUUGGUGGCAACAUUUCACGUCUCCUCAGCAUAUGCAUAUGAUCUGGCAUAAGAAAUGGGAGUGUAUAUAAAUAAAAUAUACUUGUAUUUAAGUCAUUUCCCAUUCUUCAGGAUUGUAUUACACAAGCUAGUUACAUGACACCAACAUUCUUUUGGGUAAAACAGAAGAUAUCAUUCAACCAAUGUAUGAUAAAUCAAUGGAAGAUCAAUAUUUAUUUAGAAAUAACAUUUCUAACAUUGACUUCCACUAA